GUUUAACGCUUGUCAAACGACGAGAGUAGCUGCGUUGCGCAGAACAUUCGAGGGGUUCACAAACCUCGAGAGGACUUUUCCAGAAAGCUCUCCUGUCUCCUGACACACCUGCUGUGUUUUGGACCUGUCCGUGUCUGAGAACCCCUUUUUUUUUUUUCUUUUUUGUUUUACAGACCUCGCUGUAAUCGAUAUACCUCCAGAUAUCGAUCACCGUUCACUGCGGCAACUGGACGAUCAGCGUUGUGUUUAUGUCUUUGUUUUGUGAAAACGAGCUGUUGCGCAGCCGUUGGAACCUGUGUGGUAGAAAUCUAGCCUUCAAGCAAGGAGCUUGCGGCCACCGCGGCACGACGUUUUUCAUGUCAGAGACCGAGCACGCUUGCAGUCGUUUAUGUCAUCCCCUCUUUUCCAGACAGAAGAUCCCGAAAAAUCCCCAACCAAGAUCCUCUUAUCUUGCUGAUAGUUCCAAUAUCCAGCCAAAAUGUCUGUCAACGUCAACCGCAGCGUGUCAGACCAGUUCUACCGCUACAAGAUGCCCCGUCUGAUCGCCAAGGUUGAAGGCAAAGGGAAUGGAAUCAAGACGGUCAUUGUCAACAUGGUUGAUGUUGCAAAGGCUCUGAACAGGCCUCCAACAUACCCGACCAAGUUUUUCGGUUGUGAACUCGGCGCUCAGACCCAGUUUGAUGCCAAAAACGAUCGUUACAUCGUCAACGGAUCCCACGAGGCGAACAAGCUGCAGGACAUGCUUGAUGGGUUCAUCAGAAAAUUUGUGCUGUGUACCGAGUGUGACAACCCUGAAACUGACCUGCAUGUCAAUCCCAAGAAGCAAACUAUCGGCACUUCCUGUAAGGCCUGUGGAAACCGCGGCAUGCUCGACACCAGACACAAACUGUGCACGUUCAUCCUCAAAAACCCGCCCGAGAGCACCGAGAGCGGAUCUGCAUCCGCAAAGAAAGAGAAGGAGAAGAAGAACCGCAAGAAGGACAAGGAGAACGGUUCUGGAAGCGGCGAAGCUGGAAACCAGGACAGCGUUGAUGCUCCUGAAGCUGUGGACAGAGACGACGACGACGAGGACUGGGCAGAGGAGACGACGGAGGAGGCGCAGAGGCGUCGGAUGGAGGAGAUCAGCGACCACGCCAAGAAUCUGACUCUGAGCGACGACCUGGAGAAACCCCUGGAGGAGAGGGUCAACCUGUUCUACAGCUUCGUGAAGCACAAGAAGGAGAGCGGAACCAUCGACGCGGCUGACAAGGAGAUCUUGGCGGAGGCCGAGCGUCUGGACGUGAAAGCCAUGGGACCCCUCAUCCUCAGCGAGCUCCUCUUCAACGAGAACAUCCGCGACCAGCUCAAGAAGUACAAACGACACUUCCUGCGGUUCUGCCACAACAACAAAAAGGCCCAAAAGUAUCUGCUGGGAGGUUUUGAGUGCGUGGUGAAGCUCCAUCAGGUCCAGCUGCUGCCGCGCGUCGCCAUCAUCCUGAAAGAUAUGUACGACGCCGAUCUGCUGGAGGAGGACGUCAUCUUCGCCUGGGCAGAGAGGGUUUCUAAGAAGUACGUCUCCAAGGAGCUCGCCAAGGAGAUCCACGCCAAAGCAGCUCCUUUUGUCAAAUGGCUGAAGGAGGCGGAGGAGGAGAGCGAGGGCAGCGAGGAGGAAGAGGAGGAGGAAGACGAUGAGAAUGUCGAGGUGGUGUACUCGACCUCCGCCCGCGAGCUCAAGGUGGAGACUGUGAAGCCGGAGAAGGAAGAGGAGGACAUCGACAUCGACGCCAUCUGACAGAUGUGGACACUGCUGUUUUCCUCGUGUGUUGUGGUUUUGACUCAUGAUGCUCAAAUACGGCUUUUUCCCCUCUUUGACUUCCCUUCCUCCUCCCGCUUCAUGGCUGACGUAUUCCACUGCUUUCCUCGCUGCGCAGUAGCUCUGUUCUAGUUGAGAUGUGUUCAGGGGACUUUGCUCUGGGGGUUUUAAUCAUGGCUGUUUUGGAUCUUUUUGACUGCACUUUCUUCCCUUUUCUUUCUUUCUUUUUUUUUUUUUGA